AUGGAAGAAGAACGAGAGGAAAUUCUAAUUGAAGGCGAAGAAAUAAUUUACGACGUCGAUAACAUUGGUUUGUGUGCCAACGCUAUUCUGAUGUUUUUUCGGUUUUUCAGAAGUGCUGAAUCAUUUUGACAUCGGAGAAGAAGGAUGUUCAGAUCCCGAAGAAGUGGCAGCCGAAGAUGUGAGCAAUGGAGAGCAACAGCAAAACGUUUAUAGGGGUCUCGUUUUCAGAUUCAGGUGUGGCAGGACGAGGGCACGAGCGCACCGUUGGCAAAACACAGAAAGAAAGGUGCGCCUAAGAUGAAAUGUGGAAGAAAACGGGCUGGAGAGUGAGUUUAGGAGGACAGUGAAGUGAAGUUUCCGUCCGGAAAGGUUUCAGAGUAAUUCACAUUCCGAAAAAACAACCUCCUCGUACCGCCCGUGUCAAGUCCUUCCAGCAAUAUGAUACUUUCGAUGACAUAGAGCCGGAUCUCGAAGACUCUGAUCCGGAAAUUGUAGAUGAAGAUGGAGGUAUUGUUUUGUAUUACAUUCUGAGAAGACGUUUCGAUUCCUCUCUUUCCAGAGCCGUCUUCAUCGAAAACAUGGCGUAUAUUCGUGCGGAAAGACGGAUCCGGAAUGCACUUCGAUUGGCCGAUAUUCAUGGACAAGGCGGUUAAUCUCAAAGAAGUCGUCAAUUUCAUUUCAACAGAUGCUUCUCAAGUACGAAUGAUUUGAGGGCGCUAAUCCUAAUCUGCUCUUAGAUUCCGAAAAACCUUAUUUGCACUUCAAUUCCACAAGAGUUUACAAACACCGGCACAUUCAUCGUGCAUCUAGAAGAGGGACUUCUGAAAGAGGAGAUAUGCGAUGAUGGCCUCGGAACGUGGAAUUCUGCGCAGAUGCUCGUACGGAAGUACGUGCUCGGAAGCGGGGAUAUCCAUCCGUUGAUGACCCAGAAAAACGAUCACAAUCUGAAAGUAGGGGAUAUUUUCACUAAAAAAGGUAAUCAUUGGUCCAGGUUGUCUGUGAGCAGUUUAUCCAUCCUGGCACUGAUUCCCGUGGUGAUUUUAUCAGAAGAAUUUACAUUGGUUUGUAGAUAUCAUGUAGCUCGGAAUUCCCUAAGAAUGUGUUUUCAGGGUUCAACAAUGAUGAGCACAUGAUUCCGUACGUAGUCAUUUGCUAUGAAUGGAUGGGACAGCCGCACCCGCUCACUGUUUACGAGGAUGAAACGGAAAAACAGUUUGAGCAGAUGACGUGGAAGGUGAGCAGAGGCGACUGAGAAUUAUUUGAGAAAUAAACAUUCAUUCAGAAAUGCGCAAAUGCAGAAGAGCAAGUUCCAAUUCUGGCUCGCCAUGGCUGCGAUUUUAACUUUGCCGCCUCUAUUCUCUUGUCGAACGAAAAGUGCACCUCGUAAGUUGACCCGCUGCCAAGGGCAUGAAUCACACUUGUUUUUUCUUUGCGCGCUUUCCAAUCUCACGUCAUAGUGCAUAAGGAUUGACAAGAAAAGUGUUAAAUAUGUGUCCAAUCUUGUCCCCUGCGCCUCGUCUCUCUUCCCCACUCAGUCACAUCGAUUCAUCCGAAGCCGAAACGAAAACCUUCCACAUCGUUCCGUCGCGCGCUCAUUUCUUUGCUCCCUCCUCUUUCGAUAUACUCUCUUUUCGUUCUCAAAGGGAGCGAGUCUCGCGUCCUGCGCUCGUUUAUUUUUGCCCACUGUUUCGUCGUCUCCGUCUGUUCUUUCUCAUCAUCAAUAUUUCGUCACUCGUCCUCGUCCUCCUCUUAAAAUCCUUCUGUUUCCAUCCUCUCCCACGUCCACCACGUCGUCAUUGGCUUCUUCUUCUCCUUCUCCUUAUUUUCUACUUCUUUUUGUUUUCAACUAGCUGCCACCACGUCGUCAUUUUUCUCGGAUAAUACCUCUUUUCCAUUCUAUUUCCGGAAAAGGCCUCUCCCAAAGCCUCUCACAGAAAGUCCUCGAAGUCAGCAAACGAAGAAAGCGUGGGAGCAGCUCCCGAAGCACCUAAACUGGAAGAAUUUCUGCUCGAGAAAACACCCACAUGCAUGCAAAUCCCUCGGAUUUUUUCAGUAAACAAUGUUUUUUCUCUCUUGAGACCAAGCAAGGUGCUAGGAACUUUGAGUGCAUUUUGUUGCGAAAUCGAAAACCCUCUGGGAAAGGUCAAGUUGUCCCUCAGAACAGUCUUUCGGACACUGAAAAACCAAGCAGACCACAUGUUCAAUGUGCUCUUCGUCUUCUGGAAAUUGAGUGAUGGUCUCCAGCUUUCCGCUACAAGUAACCCAAUCCUUCAUAUGACGUCAUCUAUUUUCAAAAAAAAAACGCAUCCACGGAACCCGACUCGUCCUUGUUUUCAGCUCGCUCGUUCCCCUCAUCCUCGAUUCAAAUGGACGGCUGCCGCUCUGACGUGCACUUUGUCCUUCUCCUUUCUUUCUUUCUAUCUCUCUUUUUUCCUUCUAGUCAGAAUCCGGCUCCAUUCCAGACGUACGAUCGCUAGCGCCCAUAGGGCACGUCCCAGAAAGAUGGAAAAGAGAAGGCACGAAAACAAGGUUUUAAUAAUGAGUAACAGAGGAGAAAAUAGCUGGAAAACGAAGAGAGGGCCAAUUUUGACACACGCAAUCCCUUCUCCUACUUCCUUCCUGUUUCUCUUCUUCUCUGUGCCUUUUUAACAUUUUCUCAAAAAAAAAAAAAACUUGUGCGACACAAAAGCGUAAGCUCAACUAGCUCAACCCAAUGGUUUCCAACACUCUUCAAUGAAGCAUUCAUUGAAAAUCGUACUGUUUUGCUCAGCUCUCUUUGAGCACACAGGCGUGCCCCUCCUCUCGCCAGAUCAGGUGAUUCACCUGCUCUAGCGCAGCACCCAGCCCUCGCUCGAGAUUGCUGAUCACUUUUUGUGUGUCGAGUUCCCAGAACUGAUUAGGACUAGCGGAUAUCACGUUUUUUUCACGAAAACGUAAAGUGUUCCCAUGUCUGCGACAGGAAUUUGAACUUUUAACGAUAAGAGAAACUGUCACAGAGUUGCCAUUAUCGCAUUGCCUGAUAACCCUAAAAUUGCCUCGAUGGUCAAUUUCUAGUCGACAAAUAGUGCAACACAUCGAAGAGAAUCAAAAACCACGGUCAGUCAAAACAGUGCAAAGCAGUUCGCGUUGUUUUCCUUUUUUUCCCAUCUCUUUCAAUCUUGCCACAUGAUUUCUGGAGCAACCUUUCAUCACAAACCAAUCACCUUGACCACCUUUUCGAAGCACCAUCUCGUGAAUCGAAUAUUUUCGUCGCGCUGUCUGGGCUGCCAUAACAAAAACGUCUCUUUCACAAAAUGGAUCAAUUUUCCAUCUUUUCAUCAUUUCCGAUACCGCUGCCGCCCGUGUUUUGAUCGUUUUUCGGAUCGGUCGUCCCACAAAAACAUGUUGACUUCUCACCGGCGAUGAUGGGAAAUAAGUGUUUUCCCCGUUUCUCAUGGGAUUUCCCAAUGACAGUUUGUGCGAAAGAAGAGAAAGCUCCGACUCAUGUUCUUAAAAGUAUCUUUCUCUUUUUGCCACUCUCUCUUCAAAAAGUAUUUUUUCUGAAAUAUGAUCAGUUUCAUGUACUCUGGAGUCGUCGAAACAAAAGCUGCCGUGUGUCUUCAGGUGACGAACCAUCAGGUUGCGAAACAUUAUCUAACUGGUCGCAUGGACUUUGCUAGAAUUUUCAAUAAAUUCUUGUCUAGACAUUCUUACUCUUCCUGCAUCCCAUUAAAUAUCUCAUAUCCGUCAUUUCCGAGAAUCUUCGUUCACUGGACAUUCUCUCUUUUUUCAGUUAUGGAAAAUCGGUGCCCCAGUACGUGCUGGAAUGCAUUUCCUUUGUGCUUGACAUCAAUGAAUGCGGCGGCGACCGUGCCCUCUACCUCGACGGAAACGAAUGGCAGCGCCCGUCCGGGUGCAAUCGCUUCUUCCGUGUCGUCUACUCCACUCCAGACGACUUAUCGACGUGGCGAAUAGAACGGACAGAAUCAGACCACAAUGCCAGCAACAGCGACAUUCAGGUGGGAGAACCAGGCUGCUUUUUUUUUCAAAAGUUUUUUCAUAGUCGUCACAAAAUGACACCUGACACUUCUCUUUUCUUUUCACAACAGCUGAUGGAUCUGCCGGUCACGGGACGAUUUUUUCGCCAUCUGGCAGGCAUUUCCCGGAUUCAUCGGCUGUUUAUGCUCCUAUCCUUUCAGUCGUUCCUCUUCUUUUUCACCCAAACAUCUGGCUUCGCCUUGAACUUUACACAUUUCACAUGUAUUUCAGGUGAUUUGCCGUCGUUACAACGGCCAAAAGUUCAGCUCGGCAUUCGGAUUCGUCCGCAAGAUUUUCGUGUUGAAAGUGUUGCCCAGUUGUCCGUCGGAUGUCGCCGCCCAACUUGUUAACCAGAACCUCGCCGUCGUUUCCUAUUCGUAUCGAAAUGCUCUUCCAAUUUACGUAAGCGCCCCACCAUUUCUUGUCGUUUUUAACACGAUAUUGUUUUAAAGAUUGAACAACCAGGAGCACUGCCGGAGAGCGAGUUAAUCGGAGAAGAAGUGGAAGUGUGAGUGAUCCCAUUUUGAGACGACGCAUUCAUUUUGGGAUGUUUUUAGAGUCGGCGAAGCCGUGGUUUUUGAUGAGGAUUUGAGUGCGGAAGUGCGAGAGAUGAUGGCCAACGUGGAGAGUAAGAAGAAAUCAAAUGGACAGAGAUUAAUGGAUUUGUUGCAACGAGUACACCGCCUUGAUGAGAUUUGCAAAAAAGUGGGUCUCCUCCAGUCCCUUUUCCAGAAUAUCUUUAGCUUUCAGGAAGGAUGGCCAGACUCUUCUGAAGUGCAACAGCUGAUGCAGUUGGGAGAGCUUUUAGAGAGUUCUCCUUGCCAAUAA